AUGAUUAGUAUUAGUAUCAAUGGUGUUGAAUACAAUCCCUUUGGCGGACAUAGUAGUGGGAGUAACAGUGGCAGUAACAUCAACCCUUUGAUGGACGUUGACUUUGAGGGCACUUGUUGUGUGACCUGGGGUCGUCUUUCAAAACGAUCACAACAAAGUAUACCAAUUACUCUAGACACAGAUGGCCUCCUCGCAGGUAAAUACCCAUUCAAAGUAUCUUGUGGUGCAAGCCACUCAAUCGUAAUGACAAUCAAGGGUGACCUCUAUAGUUGGGGAGCAAACACAUGUGGACAGCUUGGUCAUGGCGAUCUUGAUGAACAUACAGCAAUACAACCCAUUCGAAAGUUCUCCAUGUUGAAGGCAUUCUGUGGAGAUGUGCCCCAGCACAUUGCCACGGGCAAGGACUACACACUAGUCCUCACAAGGGAUGGAGUUGUAUAUAGUUGGGGACUUGGAGACCAGGGACAACUUGGAAACAUGGUCGAUGAUGAACAGGCACUCUACUUGUCUAAGCUCAAUGGUGGAGGACUGUUGUUGGACGUGCUUUUAAAUACCCCAACAGAUCCAGGUGCAUGCUUCCCUUGGAAUAUGAUCAGUCCAUUCCCAAAGAGAAUAUCAAAGCUGGAUGGAAUGGUCAUCACUCAGGUGGCAUGUGGAUCGGCCCAUUCAAUGGCUCUGACCAAGGAUGGCCAACUAUUCACAUGGGGAUCAAACUCGAAUGGCCAACUCGGCCUUGGUAUCGCAAACUCUGUAAACACACACUCUCCUACAAAGGUCAAGAUCACAUCGCCUCUUGCAAUGGUCGCCGCGGGCUUCUGUCACUCGGUGGCUCUAUCAUCAAACAACACAACAUUGUACUCAUGGGGCAAGGGCUCGGACGGCCAGCUCGGCCUUGACUCGCGCACUGAUGAAUCAACGCCCAAGGAGUUGAAACCAUUCCUCAAACAAGAAGACACAGUAGCCAUGAUAUCAUGUGGACAUUAUCACACUUGUGUGUUGACCUCUUUCAAGGAGGUCUAUACGUGGGGACUGGCCGUAUCCCUUGGUCAUACUCAGUAUGAUUGUGAGGAUCAGCUGGUUCCGCGUCUGGUCACCGGACUGCUUGGCCAGAACAUCGAGAGCAUAUCAUGUGGAUUCUCACACACACUUGUUCAAACAAACAAUGGCGAGUGCAUGACGUUUGGUCAAGGAGAGUAUGGACAGCUUGGCCUAGACAAAGAGACUGGCACUCUCUCACCCAUAAUCAUACCAUCACUACGACCAUACUUUGUUGACUUUAUCUCCAGUGGAUGGUGGCACUCUGUCGCCAUCAUAUCCAACCGAGGCACGAUCAAGAAGAGUCACAGCAGUCUCAACUUUAGCUCGGGCAUGACCAAAGUAGAUCGAUCAUCCAACUCAAUAAUGCUCAGUGACUCAAUGCUACAUUUGGAGAAGUUACUGAUUGAGUAUGAUGUUCAACAAUCAUUGGAGAUGAUUCAAUCGUUUGAUGAUGGUCUGAAGGAGUAUGAGGCAAUGCAAGGUGAUCUGCUGGCACAACAGGAUGACGACGAUGAUGACGACGACGAACCAGUCAACUUUAAGAGAAAGCCAGUGGUACAUUCAUUGGCCACAUUGUACGAUAGAUUUAUAAAGAUAUUUAAAGAGAAACCAACAAAUAUUGAGACAUUGGACAUUGACCAAGAUGUCCUUGCCAAGAUAUGGCAGAACAAAUUCCUACCAAAGUGGGAAAAGUGUAUCAAGUCAAAGGAGUGGCGAUCAAUAUGGAGGCGUGGAAUACCACCUGAUGUCCGUCCAAUCAUCUGGAAACUGGCAAUUGGUAACAAACUUGGUAUCACACCAGCUUAUUAUGAGGAGAAGAUAAAGAUCGUGGAAUUAUUCCUAAAGACACAAUCAGUGAUGAAUGUAAAGAUGAUGGACGACUUUGGAAGCGACAGCGAGACGUCUGAUGAGGACGCCAACCCUCAUAUCCCCUGCUUCUCCGAGCUCAAGGCCACAUUGUCCAUGCUGCGAAUCGACCUGCCGCGUACAUUCCCCCAACUCAACCUGUUCAAUCGCAAGGGACCCUUCCACACACAACUCACACAUCUGCUGCUCGCAUGGACACUGCAUCGACCAAAGAUCGGCUACGUCCAAGGCAUGACCUACCUUGGCGGCCUGCUCUGCAUGCACCUGGAGCCAUACGACUGCUUCGUGGCCUUUGUCAACCUGGUCAACACCCACUUCUUCACGUCGCUCUUCAUGAUGGACGUGCAGCAGAUUGUCAAACACGUCAAGAUCUUUGACGUGCUGUUCAAUCGCCAUCUGCCCGAGUUGCACGCAGCCUUCCGCAAGAUGGGCUUCUCAUCGGAGCACUACCUGCUCGAGUGGUUCAUGACCCUGUUCACCAAGCAGCUGCCGCUGCCAGUGGUGGCGCGCGUCUGGGACUGCUUCUUGCUGGAGGGCGAGUCAUUCAUCUACCGUACAGCCAUUAGUGUGAUCAAGUGCUGCGAGCGACUGAUCGGCUCAUCCAGCUUUGACGAUGCCAUCCAGCUGCUGCGUUCGAUGCCGCAGGACAUCAAGGAAGAGGCGCUGUUCUCAGCCAUCACUUCGAUGCACGUGCCCAAGUUGUUCAAGCGUAUCGUCGAGAAGAUGAAUAAAGAGUUUUGGGCCAGUUCCGAGGCUGAGGCUGAGUUGUCAGAGGACAACGAGAAGUGGCCAACUGCUAUGCCAUCCCUGUAG